AUGGCAGAUGCGCCGAAGAAGGACGCGAAAGCAGAUGAUGAGAACAAGCCAAUUAUCAAAGACGGCAAACGCGGUCAAAUAUUGAGAUUCGGAGAGCAUGACAUCCGCCUCAUCAGAAGACAGCUUCACCUUGCCGUCGAAGAAGAGCUUGGGUUUACAGAGGAAGAAAAAGAAAUUCGAAAACGUCUGAUGGACAAGGUGUUAGCUGCGAGCUUGCAGAUAAACUCGAUGGAAAAUACACUUGAAGCUUCAAAGAAUCACAUCAGGGAUUUGAACAAGCAACUUUCCAGUUUGAAAGGAACUUGCAAUGUGCAUUCUGAAAUUGUCAACGAUCUUACAGCGCAGAAGAAAGCAAACAAUCAACGAAUUACUGAGCUCAAGAACAAUGUUAAAUUUCAAAAAGAAACCGCUGAACUUAUGGAAAAGGAUAUUGCCAAGGCAAAUGUUGAAAUGGAACCGCUGAAAACCGCGAAUCGACAACUGAUGAACAUCAUUCAGGCUGCUGAGAAGGGCCAUAACUUGUUGCUCAACACAAUGACUGAAAUCAACAAGGAGAUUGGAAGCGUUAUGUGA